AUGCGCCCGUCCCCUGUGCUCGAUGACGGCCACGAGAGGCGGCAGGAAGACUGGGCUUGCACUCUGCGUGGGAGGACAGCCAGGGCAGAACAGCGAGUGGGGGGGGGGUUGCGGCACAUGAGUCCCGAGCCCUGCCUCCUGGGCACCACCUCCUGGGCACCGCAGUGUUUAAUAUACUGGAGAACAUGGAAACAGCUGAUCAGGCUUGUCAUUAUCUUAACUUGGGUCUGCCUAGCCAUCUUUUGGUUGUUUGGGGAACAACAGCCUGUGCAUAUCAAGAGCAACAUAGCUCGCAAAACAGAGAGUAUGCCAGCCACAUCGAUGGACAGAAGGGUUGCAAACUUGUCCAAUAGUCCAACUGUCUUCCAAUCUGACUCUGCUCACAUCGCUUCAGUUGACCCCACCUUCAUCUCACCUGAAGAACUCCAAACAAUAGAAAAGGCGCUCGAAUGGCCAGCCCCUCCCACCUCCAUGAUUGCAGCCCAUCAGGCGACAAGCCCCUACACAAGCUCAUACUCUUUGCAGAACCUGCACAAAAGCUACAGUGUUGGGGAUGUUAUCACAGCGAUCAUAACGGCAAGAGAUGGUUUAAAGAACUCAAAAGUGUAUGGUGGAGAUUUCUUCCAAGCAAAACUGUUUAAUGCAGAACUAAAAGCAAGUGUAUAUGGGGAGGUGGUUGACCACCACAACGGCACUUAUACUGCUACCUUCAAGCUGCUCUGGGAAGGACAAGCCAGUGUCUCAAUACGGCUGAUACACUCCAGUGAAGCUGUACAGGUACUACUUAGGCACAGAGAGCGAGAUCCAGACAAGGUGUUCUUUGUGGGUGUGUUCAGAGGGGUCGAUCACCAGGAAAAAGUGGUGUGUAAUGCCCAGAGGAGUGAGAGGUUGCUAAAGGCCUCUCAGUGCUGCUGUGAAUACAAACAUCCAACUACUGGGGAAUUAUGGUUUUGUCGUAGACCCAGCCAUCUGCCAUGCUCAGCCUGGGUGGACCAUGGCAUGGGAGGAUACCAAGCACAGCUGUCCAAACUGGACUCUACCCUGUUACACAGAAACUACACCAAUAAAUAUCUACCUGGAGAUAUCACAGUGAGCGUGUCUCAUCGUGACCAGAACUCAAGUAAGUCCCUGCACAAAAAGACUCCAAAGCUGAGAAUUGUUAAGUGUGUUCCAGGACUAGACACACCCUCACCAGUUGGGUUCUAUCUGCAUGAUAACUGGACAUCACUGAUGUGCCAUGCCCAGUCUUUCCCCACAGCCAAUCAGAUUGCAAGAUGCUUGAAAGACAAGCAGGUUCUGAUGAUGGGAGAUUCCACACUGAGACAGUGGUUUGAGUACCUGCUGAAAACUGUCCCAACACUUAAGAAACUAAACCUUUACACCUCAGCCCAAUCUGGACCGCUUGAGGCAGUGGACACAGGCAACAACAUUCGACUGGUAUGGAGAGCUCAUGGCCUUCCAAUACGGACAUUUAUGAUCCCCCGUGCUGACUUACACUACAUUGCCUCAGAGGUGGACGCUCUAGCUGGAGGUCAACACUCUGUCGUGGUCUUUACCAUCUGGGCACACUUCACUACCUUUCCGCUGGCCACGUACCUAAAGAGGCUGGCUGGAAUCCGCAGAUCUGUCCUAGCCCUCCUCCAGAGGGCACCACAGACCCUCGUGCUGAUCAAGUCGGCCAACAUGGGCUACAAGGACAUUUAUGGCAGCGACUGGUUGUCAUGGCAGCUGGACUGUGCAUUGAGGAUGAUGUUUAGGGAGCUUCCUGUUGUGAUUAUUGAUGUUUGGCAAAUGACAUCAUGUCACUACUCACCAGAUAACAUUCACCCAUCUCAAGAGGUGAUACAGAAUGAAGUAGAUCUAUUCCUCUCAUUUGUUUGUCCAAGAUGA